CAAAAGAUCACCAUAAUGUACUUGUAAAUUUUUUUUCCAUCUUCUUUCAAACAUUUGCCCAAUACUAAACACAAUCCCCAAAAUCAAUUUUUUUUGAAUAAAAACCCUAAAAAUUGUCAAUGGAUCUAUAUCUUGAACAAAAGCUAAGAGAUGAAGUACUUUAUCUCCAUUCUUUAUAUCACCAAUCUCCAAUUUCAAUACACCCCACAAAUCUACACCCUUUAAAUUCAACCCAUUUCAAAAAACCCAAGAAAAAAGUCCCUAAAUUUAAACAUCCCAAAAAAGUUGCCAACUUUUCCGGCAAAGAAUGGCCGGUAAAACCCACCUCCGGAGAGUCUCCGGCGACCCAAUCCGGCUGGCCGGAACUAAAAUUAAAACCCAAAUUGACACGUGUCCCAACCCCACAAGAGCUAGAAAAGUAUAACUGGAAUCAAGUCCAACAAAAGGCAUUGAAUUGUACUAAAGAUUUUUAUAUAAAAAAUUUUCAAGAUAGUGAUGAUGAUGGUGAUGAUGAUGAUGAUGACAUGUAUGAUGAUGAUGGUGAUGAUGAUGACGUGGAGGGUAAAGGGUAUGAUUUUUUUUGGGAAUUGUUUAAUGGGGAUGAAGAACUUAAGAAAUAUUAUGCGACACAUUGUAGUGGUGGUGGUGAAUUUAUAUGUUUAGUAUGUGGUAGUGCAAACGAGAAAAAACAAAAAAGGUUUAAAGAUUGUAUUGCUUUAGUUCAACAUUCGAUUUCGAUUGCGAAAACGAAGAAGAAAAUUUCACAUAGAGUUUAUGGAAAAGUUAUAUGUAAGGUUCUUGGUUGGGACAUUGAUAGACUUCCUUCUUCCAUUGUUUCAGAUUAUAAGGCUAGUGAAUUAAAGGGAAAUGAUGGUAAGAUUGAUGAGGAUUUGAAAAAGGUUGUGGAAAGUAGGGAUUCGGUUGGGAAUGGUCAUGAUGUUGGUGAAAAUGUUGAUGGUGAAUCUAUGAUUUGUGAGGAGUCAUCUGUAGUAGCAAAUGUAGAAGAAGAAAAUACUGGGACGAAGGUCUCGGACAAAACAGAAGGGAACACAGCGGGUGUUGUCAACAAUGUUGCGGAGAGUAGGGAUUCGAAUGGAAAUGGUCAUGAUGCUGGUGAACAUGUUGGUGAAUCUAUGGUUUGUGAGGAGUCAUCUGUAGUAGCAAAUGUAGAAGAAAAUACUGGGAAGAAGGUCUCGGACGAAACAGAAGGGAACACAGGGGGUGUCGUCAACAAUCUUUGCAGGAACCUGUCAUCAACAAUGGUGCUGGAAGCAACACCAGCGACAUAAGAGACGAGAAUGAGAAACCUGUGCAGAUACAGACUAACUAAUCAGACCUAAGAAUCAUAACAGAUCACUGCAAAUGUGGUUUUUCUGUGAAUUAAGCAAAUGUCGCUGAGAACAUAAUAAUGCAUUGAGUGCUUCUUAGACUCCGGACCACCAUUCUACUAAAAAAGUCAAAAUUUAUUCUCUUGUGAACAUCUUAUGUAGAUUGAACUGUAGAUUAAUUGGACAACAUAAUUGUUAAUUUGUUAUGCAUUGUGCAACCUUGUGUUGUGAAUUGGUCUGUUAGUUCUUUGAUACUACGGUUUUCGUUUUUAGGAUGUUAGGAGAGAAUAUUCCCAGAUUAUGUAAAAACGUUGAGUCGUUGACUUAGCUUUUGUAACAUCAUGAUUUAGAAUUAGAUGAAAUAAACGUGUCGGAUCUAGUGGCUGAUGUUGCACCUA